GAACCGGAUACGUAAAUGAGGUGCGUUCGAUCGCAAAGAACCGUUAGACAUUGACCCAGCUGUGCCUGUAUGCUGGAUCUGACGAAAUUUUCAUCUGGGUGGAAUAUUGUUACAGUAGAUUCUAGUUGCGUCAUAAGACAAUAUAUUAUUUCGGAGACAUACUGAGCACAGUUAUGGGUGACAUAAACGACUUUUUUCGUUCAGUGUUCGGAUUGGGCAGUCAACGGCCACCAGAGGGGCAUCACCCACGGGAAGGGACAUUUAUCAUUGACACUGAGGAUGAUGAAGAUGAAGUACCCUGGGGUGAUAUACGAUCUGGACAUUUUUUUGGUGGGAACAUAUUCUCACAAUUUCAACGAGACAUGGAACAGAUGCAACAAGAAAUGGCUGAUAUGUUUCAAGGUUUAGAAAUAGGAUUUUCUUCAGAAUACCCAAGAAACCCACAGCUACCAUCCAAUCCACGAGAUGACAUGCUGAAAAAGCCUGAUUCCACUCCAGAAGACAGUCGCCAAGAUAGAGUUCAACCUGAUAUUGGGCAAAGAAGAAUGGGUCCUGGCUUUCCUCAACCACCAUCAUUUUUUGGAGGUAUUUUCUCUCUACCUAGACAAGGUUUACCAGGACCAGCAGAGCAGAAUGACAAUGAGCUUGCUCCAAAUGCCCCUGACGCUGGUCGCUAUGGUGAUCCCGGAAUGCCGCACAUAAGAUCCUUCUCCAGUGGUAGAAGUGUGUCUGUAAGCACUUCGAUUGGACCCAAUGGGCAGAUUGAGGAGAGAAGAACAGUAAGGGACUCACAAGGGGGUGAGGAGGUUACAGUUACACGGAAACAAGGCAGUCAGGCACAUUCUAUUACCACAAAGACAGACAAAAAUGGUGUACAGGAAAAAAUAGAAAACUUCACCAACAUGAAUGAAAAUGAUCUAUCAGACUUUAACUAUAAAUGGAGUAAUAAAACUGAACAAAGUACUUAUUCAGCACCUUCACAGCCAAAUUCUCUACUGAAGAGCCAACCACAGCCAUACGAUAGUGAUAAAGACACUGUAUUGACCGCCAGACUGAAACGUUUUUUUGAAUGGCUGAAACCUAAAGUGGAAUGAAAGAAUUGUAUUUAUGGCUGAAACCUAAAGUGGAAUGAAACGAUUGUAUUUAUGGCUGAAACCUAAAGUGGAAUGAAAUAAUUGUGUGUAUGCAGGCUGAAACCAUAAGUGGAAAGGCAUGGAUCUGUGUGUGGCUGAAAGAAGACUUUGAAAGACAUUGAUAUUGUUAACUACUAAUGAGGAAAUGCUCUCACAGUGAUGAAACUCCAUUUUGUGACUUAUUGAGCAUUUUACUUCAACAUUGUGUGCUCUCAGUCAAGCUAUAUAGACAAGAUAUUGUGUGCAGCAAAUCCAUGUGAACAUUAAUAAUAUAUUGCCUGUGAUUUAUUUAACUUUUAUGGUGAUCUUUUUAAGAUGGAAGUGCUUUAAGGAGGUUUGAAAAAUAAUUUUAUAAAAGAUAUAAUGUAAUAUAAUUGUCUGUUAGUGUGAGUUUGUUUUUGUAGGUUUUCUACAAUUACUACAUUUAAUAAAUGUAAUAGAUACAUACAUGUAUGUAGAGAAUUCUGUACAGAAAACAAGGUCUGUUAGACAUGGGUGUUAUCACUCUACAGAAAACAAGGUCUGUUAGACAAGGGUGAUAUCACUGUACAGAAAACAAGGUCUGUUAGACACGGCCGAUAUAACUCUACAGAAAACAAGGUCUGUUAGACAAGGGUGAUAUCACUCUACAGAAAACAAGGUCUUUUAGACAAGGGUGAUAUCACUGUACAGAAAACAAGGUAUGUUAGACACGGGUGAUAUCACUGUACAGAAAACAAGGUCUGUUAGACAAGGGUGAUAUCACUCUACAGAAAACAAGGUCUGUUAGGCAAGGGUGAUAUUACUCUACAGAAAACAAGGUCUGUUAGACAAGGGUGAUAUCACUCUACAGAAAACAAGGUCUUUUAGACAAGGGUGAUAUCACUGUACAGAAAACAAGGUAUGUUAGACACGGGUGAUAUCACUGUACAGAAAACAAGGUCUGUUAGACACGGGUGAUAUCACUCUGUACAGAAAACAAGAUAUGUUAGACAAGGAUGAUAUCACUCUACAGAAAACAAGGUCUUUUAGACAUGGGCGAUGUCACUCUACAGAAAACAAGGUCUGUUAGACAAGGGUGAUAUCACUGUACAGAAAACAAGGUCUGUUAGACACGGGUGAUAUCACUCUGUACAGAAAACAAGGUAUGUUAGACAAGGGUGAUAUCACUCUACAGAAAACAAGGUCUGUUAGACAUGGGUGAUAUCACUCUACAGAAAACAAGGUCUGUUAGACACGGGUGAUAUCACUCUGUACAGAAAACAAUAUCUGUUGGACAUGGGUGAUAUCACUGUACAGAAAACAAGGUCUGUUGGACAUGGGUGAUAACACUGUACAUAAAAAAGGUCUGUUAGAAAUGGUGAUAUCACUGUAAAGAAAACAAAGUUUGUUAGACACCGGUGAUAUCACUCUACA